AUCGCAGAUGAAGAUGACGUGCACAAGUGCGGCCGCUGCCAGUCGGAGUUCACCUCCUUGGAAGAGUUCGUGCAACACAAGUUACAAAAGGUCUGCCAGCGAGCUCCAGAAGCUCUCGCUGCUGCCUCAGCGGGUCUCGUCAGCCGAGAAGUUGUUCCGUCCGUCGAGGAGUCGAUCACUGUCGCUCAUAUAGUUGUUGAAGCGUCUUCGAUAGCAGAGGAAAUCAGCAGCGCGUCUGCUAUAGUAGGUAGCGGGCACAUCAAGGGAGUAAUUGUGGCAGGAGACCAUGUGUUUGAAAACCCAAAUGGUCCUGCUGCCGGGGAAGUCCCCGAAGAGCAAGGCAACCCUGACGAUCAGGAGCAGGAUGUUUCCACAGAACUGAUAAAGGUGAAGCUGCUGGUUAACAAAGAAGGGCGAUACGUGUGUGAGCUGUGCCAGAAGACCUUUAAAACAGCCAGCAUCCUCAAAGCUCACAUGAUCACGCACAGCAGCAGGAAGGACUAUGAAUGCAAACUCUGUGGAACUUCCUUCAGGACAAAAGGGUCUCUGAUUCGGCACUACCGGUGUCACACGGAUGAAAGGCCUUACAAAUGCAAGAAAUGCGGGAAAAGCUUCCGGGAGUCAGGAGCUUUGACUCGGCACCUGAAAUCUCUGACGCCUUGCACCGAAAAAAUCCGCUUGAACAUGAACAAAGAAAUAGUGGUUAAUAAGGAUGAUUUGCCAACAGGAUCCUGUAGCUCAACCACAGACACCGUUUCAUCAAUAGCAAGUGAAUCCAUCGAGACCUUGCCCGUCAUUCAUCUCGUGACGGAUGCGAAAGGCAACGUCCUUCACGAAGUCCACGUCCAAAUGCAGGAACUUCCCGUCGUAGAUGCGAAACCCCUGGACCAAGAGCAGCCGAAUCCUGAGGAGCUGCCGUGUGAGGGGGAAGUGAACAGCGAGAACCUGCUGCGGCAGGCCAUGAGGAAUUCGGGGAUUGUGAUCGAGAGAGUCGCUGUGGAGGAGAUGCAAAAGCCAGACGAAGCUGCUGUAGCUGCCACAGAAGAGCUAGAAAAUGAAGUGGUGGAAGCAGAAGAGGAGCCGUGUGCGGAACAGUGUGUUAAAGUCGAACAAGCGGAGUCUGUACAUGCAGAAAGAACAAAUGGGUCCAAAAGUUACGUUUGCUCUCAGUGUAAUGAAGCCUUCAGUGAAACUGCUUCCCUCGAAACACACAUCAAAGGUCAUUUAGCUUACAAGCCUUUUAAGUGCGAGGAGUGCGGCAAAGAGUUCACCAAGGGCUACCUGCUGAAGAAGCACCAAGAGGUGCACGUGAACGAGCGGCGCUUCCGCUGCGGCGAGUGUGGCAAGCUCUACAAGACCAUUGCCCACGUGAAGGGGCAUCGCAGGGUGCACUCUGACGAGCGGCCGUACUCCUGCCCCAAGUGUGGCAAGCGGUACAAGACCAAGAACGCCCAGCAAGUUCAUUUCCGGACGCAUUUGGAGGAUAAGCCCUACGUGUGCCAGUACUGCAGCCGGGGCUUUCGGGAAAAGGGCUCGCUGGUGCGACACAUCCGGCACCACACGGGGGAAAAACCUUUCAAGUGUUACCGGUGCGGGCGAGGCUUUGCAGAGCACGGCACUCUCAACAGGCACUUAAAAACCAAAGGUGGCUGCCUCCUUGCUUUGAAAGAGGUGGAAGAAGUGAUGGUGUCUGAGGAAAGCCAGUCAGCGGACAACUUGGCUGCGACGGUCAUUUCUGAAGAUCCUCACACUGUGUUGGUGGAGUUUUCUUCGGUGGUGGCAGACACUCAGGAAUACAUCAUCGAGACUGCUACGGAAGACAUGGAGACCAGCGAAGCUACUGAAAUAAUAGAGGGAACAAGACAUGAGGUUGACAGCCACAUUAUGAAGGUUGUGCAGCAAAUAGUAAAUCACGCAAACUCCGGUCACCAGAUCAUCGUACAAAACGUCACUGUGGCAGAAAAUUCGGAAGUAAGCACCGACGCCGCGGACACCAUCACCAUCGCGACCCCCGAAAGCCUGACGGAGCAGGUGGCUAUGACGCUGGCCUCCGCCAUCGGCGAAGGAGCGGUGCUCACAACGGAGGGGAGCAUCGAGACGGAAGAAGCGACGGUGACGAUGGUGGCAUCCGAGGACAUUGAAAUAAUGGAACACACAGGAGAGUUUGUGAUUUCCUCCCAGGAGGGGGAGGUGGAAGUCCAGACUGUGAUUGUGUAACGAACAGCAUGCAGCUAGUGACAGAUGUCCACGUAAAACCUGACAGUUUUUCUCCAGUUUGGGGAAUCUGAUCAGUUUGCUGUUACAAUUGUUCAGCGAGCAAGGGCGAGAAUGCUUCUGCAGGUAAGUGGCUGAGCAGGAUGGUACAGCCCUGAGAUGUUUUCUAUUUAAAAUGGGAAUAACAGCAGUUAAAACCUCAUG